AGCAAACCCAUCAAUCCUCAAUAUAUACAUAAGCCAACUAGAAAUUACCAAACCAACAACAAAGAAAUUAAAGGCUUAGAAGAGAGAUGGAUUUCGAGUACGAAGAGCCACAAACAGAGACGGUACAAGAAGGAGAUUGCGACACACUUCUUGUCUAUCUACCUGGUUUUGAAAAGCGGCAACUAAAGCUUCAUCUUACCAAAACUCGAACAUUUUUGGUGACGGGAGAACGCGUGCGGGACAAGAAAGGGAUUCAUGUGAAGAAGGAGUAUCCAAUUGCAACAAACACUGACACCAAUCGAAUCACUGCAGCCUUCAACAAUGGCAUUCUCUACAUUCGCCAACCCAAGCUCAUUACUUCCUCCUCUGAACACCAAUCUCAAACCACUCCCACUCCCACUCCUCCGCCUCCGCUACAACCUCAAAAGAGCGACGUGAAAACUCCGAAGAAGUCGGUGGAGUCACCGCCGUCACAGCCUCAGAAGAGCGAUAUUCGAGGCAGCGAUGAGUCAAAGCAGAUGGAAGGGAAGGAGAAGAGCUUUGAAUCAAUGGAUGCGAAAAAUGAGAUUUCAGUGAGGAAGAAGGCAGUGGCGGAGGAGAAAGGCACUGAUGUGGUGGCCGGAGAUGGAAAGAGAAGAAGUGAUGAACGUGUAAAUGGAGAUUCUGGUGGUGGUUUCAUGGCGGGGGUGGCGAAGAAGUUGGGGGUUUCGAUGAACUGGGGUGUGGUGGUUCUGUUGGCUGUUAUAAUUGUGCUUUAUGUUAAAGAUUGGAUUCAGUCUGGGAAGAAACACGAGAACUAAAAUCUUGUAAUGUACUUUGCAGACACUAUAUAAAUAUAUAAUCAUCAAUCAUAUAGGCAUUGCUUUGUAUACACUUGAUUUCUCAUGCAGUGAAUAAAAGCA